AUGAACGCCAAGGUGCAAGGCAAGAUCCUUCCCAGAUAUGAUCCAUCAUGCCUACUUAAGGGACAUUUGAGCACCAAAAGUAAUGCUUUUUGCACUGAUUCCUCCUCUCUCAGACUAAGCACUCUCUACCUGGUCAAGAGUCACAUGGCUGCUCACUAUAAUAAGAUCCUGUCAGCCAAAGCUGCAGUAGACUGCUCAGUUCCAUUAAGCAUGAGUACCAGCAUCAAAUAUGCAGACGAGCAACGAAGAGAGAAACUCAAAAGGGAAUUUGCACGAUACGAGAAGGAGUUGAGAUUAGCUAAAGCUGCAGCACAGACCAAUUCUAAAAAUAAUUCCAAAUCAUCAUUAAACAACCUGCAAAAGUCUUUAGGGGACAUGCAGGAAGAGGCUGAUGUGAUAAUAGAAGAAGUAAAUGAAUUUCCAUCCUUUGCAAGGUCACCAGUCCCUUCUUCAGAGAGACUCCUCCUCGGGCCAUCUAAAUCCAGUAAAGUCCUCGUGAAUGGUACUGUGAAGAACUCCAGUUCCUCCCUCUCCACAAUGGACUGUACAGCUUCCCGGCCCGGAAAACUGAGCUCCGGGACUGCUUACGGCAGAGGGCCCAGGAGCACGUUCCCAAACCCCCACCGCCUUCAGUUAGCUAUUUCAAAAGCACCCAGUGGGGAUCUUUUGGAUAAACAUUCUGAACUCUUUUCUAACAAACAAUUGCCAUUCACCCCACGCACUUUAAAAACAGAGGCGAAAUCUUUCCUGUCACAGUAUCGAUAUUACACUCCUGCCAGAAGAAAAAAGCAUCAGCGGAUCGAAGCUGAAACCCAGACUGAGUUAAGCAGCUUUAACUCUGAUUUUGAGAGAGCUGAGACUGAGAAUUUGACAGAUUCAAAAGUGAACAUAAAGCAGGCACCUAGCUGUUUAACACAUAGUACGGAAGAAAAAAUAACACCUUCACCGUCACAAGAGUACGGCUUGACGUGGGAUGACAUUAAAGAUGGCAUUCGUCAGCAUUCCUCACCGAGGAUGAUAUCCCAGUAUUCCCUACAGCCUUCUUCAGGGAGAAAGAUUCACUCUGCUGAAGAAGAGCUUUUGUACCUGAGUUUCAUUGAAGAUAUAACAGAUGAAAUUUUGAAACUUGGUUUAUUCUCGAACAGGUUUUUAGAACGACUAUUUGAGAGACAUGUCAAAGAAAACAAACACCGUUUGGAGGAGGGGAAAAUGCGCCACCUGCUCCAUGUCCUAAAGGUGAAUUUAGGCUUCUUAUCCGAGCAAAACUCAGCAAAGCAAAAUGAUUCUGCUCUGUUCUCCAGGGUCACAGGUGACAAUCAUGACAUGGAAGGGCCAACUCUUAGAAUCAUGGAAAUGAGCAUUGAUGACUGCCCUUUGAAUGUUUGA